AUGACAACAACCAUCCACACCAAUAACACCACCAAUAACAUCCAAACAGUUGUCUCUUCUUCUUCCAAGUUGAUGAAUCUCAAAAAGCGAAUAUCAUCCAGUCCAUCCUCCUCUUCCUCUUCUUCCUCUUUACCUUGUUGUUUGAAGAGCUAUCAAUUCAUUCACUUUGAUCAACAACUCGAACGAAAUAACAACAACAACAACUCCUCCUCCUCGAAAGGACACGCAAAUGAGCUCUUAUUUGUGAACUGUAAUGUGCCUAACUCCAAGACAAGUCCAAACAGUAGCAACAUCCCCAGUACUACUAAUACUCCAACUACUACUUUGAUUCCUUCUAUGUUGAAUACAACAAUAACAACAACAACUCAUCAUGAUACUCUUCUUCACUCCAAACCCAUUCCUUGCGUUGGCUUGAAUGGAAGUCUCUCUUCCAACCACCACCUGCCUCCUUCUUCAAGAAUCUCCAAGAAACACAAAUCCUUUUCUUCUUCCUCUUUCAGCAAGAACACAAUGAAAGUACGAACCAUCCAAUCCAAGAAGAACAACACCAUGAUUCUGAACAUGAUGAUGAUGAACAGUUCAGAAGAUUCUUCCAAUCACAUGACCAGUCGUGGUUCUGGUGGUUCAUCCUCUUCCUCCUCUCCAAAUACUUCUUCUUCUUCUCGACAACAACAACAACAACAGAACACUUCUCCAAACACCAUGCUCUUUGACUUUAAACUUCAAAACAGUGGUUUCGAUUUUGUCGUCUUUAGUAACACCUCUCCAACCACUUUCAAGAGAAGUUACCGAAGAAAGGAUGGAAGUCUCACGAAAAGGCAGAAAGAGCUUUUAGAGAUUCAACAACAACAGAAACAGACACAGAAACAACAACAACACGAGACGACAACACAGGCUUCUUCUUCUUUGGCAAAAUUGACAACAACAACAACAACAGGUGGCACCAUGGAGGUUCGAGAGAGGAUGAAUCGUGAUGAUCCUCAUCAACAGGAUGAUCAUCAUUCCUCUCCCAUAACAUUUUCAUCAUCAUCAUCAUCAUCGUUGGUCGAUUCGACCAAUAACAAGACAAGAUUGUCCAUGAUGAACCCAACAAGCACUGCUUCUCCACUCCAACCUGAUCAAUUAUCCCAUACCAUCAUGGCGAGUACUAGUUGUAUUCCUCCUUCUCCUUCCCAAACGGUUCUGCGAACAAGAAGAACCUCCAUCUCUAUUGCAGAGUUAUUAAAUUGA